UAUAUUUCCAUUGUUGGCAUGACUGCGAGGCAAUGAACUCAUAAUUGAAUUACCAAAAUCGAACGGGUGUAAACCGAACGAACAAAAAGCUUGAAUUUAAAUAAAUAGAAAGAAAAAAGGAGGAUUAAUCUUUCUUUAGAAAAUUCAAGAAGAGCAAGCUACUUUCAUACACUAAACAGGUUAUUUGACAUAUGUCAGAUUUCUUAUUACCGAAUUAGUGACUAAUUGGCAGGAUAAAAAAAAGAAUGAACCGAACGGAAAGUUGUAUUUGCCAAUAACAAACCACGUGAAAAUGCGGUGGUAGUGAUGCGUUUAAAAGGGAAAAGUAACACUAAAUCGUUCCAUAGCGUCUAUAAGGUGCUUUCGCGUUUAUGUCGAACUGCAGAUAAAGGACAACUUGAUGGUUUCAUGGCGGAUGGCGCAGUGCCACCAAUAAAGAAUGGCCAUAACUGUAAUAAUAUGGGUUUUGCGACACAAGUUGUAAAACAAUCAUCCGAUGUUUCCAAUGUCGUUUACGCUGUGGGGCAAUAUGCUCCCAAAGUGUUAAAGAAUUUGAACGCCCAAAGAUUGAAGAAUCAGUUUAGUGAUGUUGGUCUGGUCGCUGGCGGUAGCGUUAUUAGAGCGCAUAGAUCGGUUUUGGCAGCGGGAAGCGCAUAUUUUAACGCUAUGUUCACCGGUGGUCUCGUCGAGGAACAGCAAGAGCUAGUAGAAAUUCAUUCUGUAUCGGCUGAUAUUCUUGCUCUUUUGGUAGAUUUCAUUUACACAGGGAACGUGGAUAUUACUCAAGACAAUGUUCAGGAAUUAUUCGCAGCUGCCGAUAUGUUAGAACUAGAUGAAGUAGUAUCCGGUUGCAUUACCUACUUAAAACAACAACUUCACUAUUCGAACGCGCUUGGAAUUUAUAGAUUUGCGGAAGCACAUCACAGAUCGGAUCUUUUGGGGAGCGCCCUACGUUUUAUAGAAGUCAACUUCCCUCAAGUAUCUCAAGAGGAAGAAUUCUUGGAUCUGCAGAAAGAACAUCUUGUUCAUUUUCUCAGUAGCGAUUACAUUCAUAUCGAUACCGAAUUCCAGGUCUUCCAAGCUGCGUAUAAUUGGAUUGUCCAUGAUAUACCAACAAGAAGAUGUUAUGUAUUCGACAUACUACGUCACGUACGUUUACGACUGUGUUCAUUAGCGAGAUUGGAACACGUUAUUUUGGAAUGUAAAGAUGCAAGUCUGAUUGUUGCGUUAAGAUCUAUACAAAAAGAUUUAGUAUCGAACAAAGGAUGUCUUGUGCCUCUUCACGCGAAACCUAGAAUUUGCGCAAAGAAGAACAUUUUAGUAAUCGGUGGAUCAAGGCGCGAACACUCGGACAGUUGGGGCAGAGCAGCUGAAAGCACUUACGAAACGAUCGAGAAAUAUGACACAUUUACGGGCGAAUGGAGCGAAGUAGCACCAAUUAGAAUAGGACGCAUAUUACCAGGCGUGGCAUUGCUAGAUGGUAAAGUGUACGUUGUCGGCGGGGAACUCGAAUCAUGCAUUAUUGCCAAUUGCGAAUGUUACGAUCCGCGUGAUAAUGUGUGGACUUCGAUUGCCUGUAUGGAAGAAUCUAGGUGUGAAUUUGGACUUUGUGCCUUGGAUAAUAGCUUAUACGCAUUUGGUGGUUGGGUAGGCAAAGAUUUUGGUGGAUCGAUAGAAGUAUAUGAUCCGAUAACCGAUUCUUGGACGCUCGAUGGACAACUUCCGGAACCUCGAUUUAGUAUGGGAGUAGUUGCUUACGAAGGAUUAAUAUACAUAGUGGGCGGGUGUACGCAAGAGAGUAGACAUCGUCAAGAUGUGAUGAGUUAUAAUCCAGUGACUCGAGAAUGGACUUAUUUAGCUCCGAUGCUCACCCCACGUUCGCAAAUGGGAAUCACCAUUCUUGACGGAUACAUUUAUGUUGUAGGCGGUACUAACAAGAAUCAGGAAGUAUUAACAUCCGUUGAACGAUAUUCUUUUGAAAAGAAUAAAUGGAGUACCGUUGCGCCUAUGAACAUAGGCAGAUCGUAUCCCGCGGUUGCAGCAGCCGAUAGUCGACUGUACGUUAUAGGGGGUGAUCAAUCUCAGGAAAUUAAUUUUUAUCGAAUGCAAAUUACUAUUUCCACUGUUGAAUGUUACGAUCCCCGUUCGAAUAAAUGGCACGAAUGUGCCUCGCUGCCGACAAGUAGGGGUGAAGCAGCGGCAAUUGUUGCACCGUUUUGAUUGAAAUCUUUUCGACAUUAAGAAACCUAUGCAGUGUGUUGAGCAUAUUUUAUAUAUCGCUAUAUUCAUAUGCGUUUCUUUUCGCAUUCCAGAAUGAUAUUCGAGCAUCUAUUUAAAAUUACUUGGUCUUAAAAUAUGAUAUCAAACAAGAAACAUACGUUUUUUGACUAUCGUCUUUUAUGUCGCGUAUACAACCAUGGUUAAACGCAUAUGAGCUAGGAUGUAUUUUUUUAUAGAUCAACAAUUGUAAACUAUUUAAACCUCAACAGGAAUUUUUUUUUGCGUUUUUUAACGAGCAUAAAAUGCAACAGGAUUUGAAAAAAAAGGGAUACGUUUCACUGUAAGAGUGGUACAGCGUUAUCUUCUGUAAGGGAUGUUCAUUAUACAUAUUUACUAAAGGAAUUAGUACUGUAUGGCUUUCAAACCUUUUAAAAACUUAUUAACAUAACAAAUUUUAUUAGUUGUAGCAAUGACUGAGAACCUUCACAUUCUAUAGUCAUUUACCAAAGUUAUCGAGAAUACAAGAUAUGAUAUUCUAUUGUAAAUUUGAUCACGCUACAACGAGAUACAUGGAAAGCAUAUUUUCAUGUAACUUGUGUAAAAAGACAUUUCCUAGCGGAGAAUGCAAGUGAGAUAUAUCUAGCUUUCAUCGAGAAUUGUAUAUUACAAUUACGCGUGCUUGUGAUAUUUAUCAAUACUUUUUUUUUUAAUCGAUACUUUUUGCUAUAACCGUGCAUGUAUGUUUCAUUAGUCAUUAAUUUUUACUGGUGUAAGGAUUAAAAAUACUUAAUACUAUGAUGAUAUUACUUCAUUAAUUGUUUUUUAAAACUUCGUAAAAGUGUUUUUCAUAUCGUUAAAUCUUGUUUUAUGGAAUCGGUAAUAUUUGUAAGCGAUGCGAUUGUAUCUUAUAUUAAUAAGUUUUAUAGAAAAGUAUUGUUGCAGUUAAAUUUCAGUUUUUAAAAGUGUGUCUGGUGCUGUGUUGGAAUUAAAAUUAAAAAUCUCCAUUUUAUAUACCGUAA